AUGUCUGAAAGCCCUCCAAUUGAUCUUAUUGACGUAUGCCAAUUGCAGUCGCUGGGUGUGAACCCUGCGUCUUUUAACUUUUUGUCAACAACUUUACAGUCAGAUCACUAUGUCUGCUGCAGGGAGACGGCAAACGGGAAAAAUACCGUUGCAAUGGUUGAUUUAAAGAACAACAACAGUCUCACGAGGAAGAACAUGAGUGCCGACUCGGUUAUCAUGAACCCAUCACAGUUCAUUAUUGCUUUGCGUGCCAAAGGUACUGCUCUACAGGUGUUCGAUCUUUCGACCAAGAAAAGAUUAAAAUCCAAUAUCAUGCACGAGCCAAUCGUAUUUUGGCAGUGGCUCAACGACAACGAGAUCGGACUGGUGAGUGCCCAGAAAAUCUACACUUGGAACGUGAUGGAUGGUACGAGUAACGGCCCAGUAGAGUUAACAUCACGUCAUGUUUCGUUGGCAAACUGCCAGUUGACGCAGAUGGUGACGAACUUUGAGUCCUCAUGGUUCGCCCUAUGCGGUGUUGCCCAGGAAAAUAACGCUAUCGUUGGCCACAUUCAGCUUUUUUCCAAGGCAAGAAACAUCUCUCAGCCGAUCCAGGGACACGUUUGCUGCUUCGGAAAAGUCCGCCAGCAGGGUGCCUCUGUGGACACACAGGUAUUUGCGUGUGCCUCCAGGACCCCAACGGGCGGAAAUCUCCAUCUGCUAGAGAUUGAGCAUCAACCUGGUGCACCAGCCUUCCAGAAAAAGACCGUUGAGGUGUUUUUCCCCGCUGAGAUCGCCAACGACUUCCCUAUUUCGAUCCAGAUCUCUGACUUCUACGGUGUUGUGUACAUUCUAACCAAGUACGGCUUCAUCCACGUCUAUGACCUUGAAAGCGGAAAGAAGAUCUUCCUCAACAGGAUUUCCUCCGAUCCGAUCUUCACUGCUGCAAAGUUCGACGACAACAAAGGUGUCAUCACAGUCAACAGAGCAGGUGCCGUGUUGGCCGUUGAGAUUGCCACAGAUCGAGUUAUCCCAUACAUCCUGAACAACUUGGCAGACGUUGAUCUUGCCUUGAGCUUGGCAUCAAGAAGUGGUCUUCCCGGUGCAGAGGCGCUCUUCAGCCAGCAGUUCAACCAGUCACUUUCCUCCGGUGACUACCAGGCUGCCGUUAAGAUUGCUGCCUCGUCUGCCCAGAUGAGAACUCCGGAAACCAUCAACAGAUUAAAGGCUCUACCUACCGCCCCAGGCCAGCCAGCACCAAUUCUUCAAUACUUGGUCUACUUGCUAGACCGCGGCUCGUUGAACCAGUACGAGUCUCUUGAGUUGGUCAGGCCCUUGGUUAUGCAGAACAGAAUAGAGACCUUGGAGAAGUACUUGAAGGAAGACAAACUUACAUGCUCCGAGGAGAUCGGUGACAUCAUCAAGCCUAAGAACACGCCGAUUGCUUUGGCCGUCUACUACAAGUCUAACACACCGGCAAAAGUUGUUGAUUGCCUCGCCGAGUUGGGCCAAACUGACAAGAUCUUGCCUUUCUGCCAGAAGGUCGAUUACCAUCCAAACUAUACGACUUUGAUCCAGAGCAUCUUGCGUGUGAACCCGGACAAGGCUGCCGAGAUCGCCACGCAGCUUUUGUCUGCCGAGCCCGAUAUGGACAUCGAGAAAACGGCCGACAUCUUCUUCUCGCAGAACUACAUUCAGCAGGGAACUGCCUUCUUGCUCGAUGCAUUGAAGGACGAUAAGCCGGCCCAGGGAGAUUUGCAGACCAGACUUCUCCAGGUCAACUUGCUCAAUGCACCCCAGGUUGCAGAUGCCAUUUUGGGAAACAACAUCUUCUCCCACUUUGACCGUCCAACCAUUGCCAAGCUUUCCGAGCAGGCUGCCCUAUACCAACGUGCAUUGGACUUAUACGAUGACACUAAGGACAUCAAACGUGUUGUUUCGCAGCAUGCUUCAGAGAUUCCUCCAGAUUGGGUCGUCAGCUACUUCGGUAAGCUUAAUGUUGACCAGAGUGUUUCGUGCUUGCGUGAAAUGCUCUCUGCCGACAAGACCAAAAACAUGCAGGUGGCCAUUCAGGUCGCCACGAAGUACUCUGACUUGAUUGGGGCAUCCAAGUUGAUCAAGAUAUUCGAGGACUUCAACUGUGUCGACGGCCUGUACUAUUUCUUGGGCUCAAUCGUGAACACCAGCCAGGAUGCAGAUGUUGUCUUGAAGUACAUUCAAUGUGCUGCCAAGAUGGGCCAGGUGAAGGAAAUUGAGCGUGUUGUGAGAGGGAACAACGUGUACAACGGUGAAAAGGUGAAGAACUUUUUGAAGGAGGCCAAAUUGGAUGACCAGCUUCCUUUGAUCAUAGUUUGCGACAGGUUCGACUUCGUCCACGACUUGAUCUUGUAUCUUUACAAGAACAAGUUCUUCAAAUUCAUCGAGGUUUACGUCCAGCAGGUGAAUCCAGCAAAGACUCCUCAGGUCGUUGCCGCUUUGCUAGACGUUGACUGUGAUGAGCAAGUCAUCAAGUCGCUGCUACAGUCGGUUGUUGGAAAGGUUCCGAUCGGCGAACUAUGCAAUGAAGUUGAGAAGAGGAACAGACUAAAGAUUCUUCUUCCAUUUUUGGAGGCCUCAUUACAGAGCGGCGUCACCGACAAUGCCAUUUAUGACACUCUUGCCAAGAUAUACAUCGACUCGAACAACAACCCAGAGAAAUUUUUGAAGGAGAACGACCAGUACAACACGUUGGAGGUUGGUAGGUACUGCGAGAAAAGAGAUCCAUACUUGGCAUACAUUGCCUACGACAAGGGUCAGAACGAUGCCGAGUUGGUUAAGAUCACAAACGAGAAUGCCAUGUACAAGUAUCAGGCCAGAUAUGUUUUAAAGAGGUCGGAUCCAGAGCUUUGGAAUACCGUUUUGUCGGAUGAGAACACAAACAGACAACAGCUUAUUGAUCAGGUCAUAGGCACGGCCAUUCCGGAGAUCGAGGAUCCUCAACCUGUGUCGAUAGCCGUGAAAUCGUUUAUGGAUAAUGGCUUGACUGGGCAGUUGGUGAAUUUGCUCGAGAAGAUCAUUCUAGAGUCUUCACCUUUCAACGACAACCCAUCAUUACAGGCUCUUAUGAUUUUGACUGCCAUUAAGGUCGAUCCAUCCAAGGUUAUGGGAUACAUUGAGCGGAUUGAUGCCUACGAUCCUGAAGAAGUUGCCCCAGUCUGUAUUGAGAAUAAGCUGUACGAGGAGGCAUUUGCAAUUUACGACAAGUUUGAGAAGUAUUCUGAUGCCAUGAAGGUUCUUACUGAGGACGUAAUGUCCUUGGACCGGGCUUAUGACUAUGCUGAGAAGCUCGAUCAGAAAGAAUUGUGGUCACAGCUUGGUGCUGCACAACUCAACGGAUUGAGAAUUCCAGAGGCCAUCGAUUCAUACAUGAAGGCUGAGGAUCCAAGCAACUUUGAGCAGGUCAUCGAGAUUUCUGAGCAUGCCGGAAAGGAGGAAGAACUCAUUCCAUAUCUUUUGAUGGCAAGAAAGACUCUUCAAGAGCCUGUCGUUGAUGGUGCACUUGUGAAUGCAUAUGCCACACUUGGAAAGCUCAGCGAGAUGGAGAAGUUCUUGCAGCUAUCGAACGUUGCAGACUUGGAAUCAAUCGGUGAUAAGCUUUACGAGGCCGAAAACUACGAUGCUGCCAAAAUUGUUUAUUCCAGCAUUUCAAACUACUCCAAACUUGCAUCCACGUUGGUUUAUCUCAAGGACUACCAGGAGGCGGUUGACUGUGCAAGAAAGGCCUCCAAUGUUAGUGUCUGGAAGCAGGUGAACCAGGCUUGUCUUGAAAACGGUGAAUUCCGUUUAGCACAAAUCUGUGGUCUGAAUUUGGUUGUGCACGCUGAAGAGUUGGACGAGUUAGUUGCCCAAUACGAGUAUAACGGCUACUUCAGUCAGUUGAUCUCGUUGUUUGAGAAUGGUCUGGCUCUUGAGAGAGCACACAUGGGAAUGUUUACGGAGCUUGCUAUACUUUACACCAAGUAUCAACCAGAGAAGACCAUGGACCAUUUGAAGCUAUUCUGGUCCAGAAUCAACAUGCCAAAGGUCAUCCGUGCUUGUCAAGAUGCUCAUCUCUGGACAGAACUUGUAUUCUUAUACAAGCACUAUGAUGAAUGGGAUAAUGCUUCAUUGACAAUGAUGGACCAUUCUGAAUCUGCCUUUGACCAUUCUUCAUUCAAGGAGGUUGUUGUUAAAGUUUCAAAUCUUGAAAUAUACUACAAAGCCAUCAACUUUUACACCAACAUGCACCCAGCCCUUUUGAAUGACUUGCUUGCAGUUCUUAUCCCAAGAUUGGACCUUCCUCGUGUUGUUCGUAUAUUCCAGAAGUCCGACAACUUGCCAUUAAUCAAGCCAUUCCUCAUUUCCGUGUCAGAGAAGAACAACUCGGUUGUCAACCAGGCAUACCACGACUUGCUCAUCGAGGAACAUGAUUACAAGUCGCUACGGUCUGUCAUUGAGGCACACGAUAAAUUUGAUCAGCUUGGUUUAGCAGAGCGCUUGGAAAAGCACGAUCUUAUUUUCUUCAGGGAGAUUGCCGCCGUUAUCUAUAGAAAGAACAAGAAGUGGAACAAGGCCAUCUCUUUGCUUAAAACAGAUAAGCUAUGGGCAGAUGCUAUUGAAACUGCCGCACUAUCAAAGAGCUCAAAGAUUGCAACCGACUUGUUUGAAUACUUUGUGGAUACCGGAAAUAGAGAGGCCAUGGUUGCAUUACUGUACUCGUGCUACUCAUUGAUCGACUACGACAAGGUUUUGGAACUUUCGUGGUUGAACAAUUUGUCUGAUUUCGUCAAACCAUACGAGAUUUCCAUCGCUAGAGAGAACCAACUUAAGAUUACAGAGUUGUACAAAGACUUCAAGGCAAGAGAGAGUUCCAAAGAUGGGGAGGAUGAUUCCACAGCCCCUCAAAGAUUGAUGAUUACAAAUGGUACGGGAAUCCCAACUGGUCCAAACCAGAUUGGUUAUACUCCUACUGGAGCAGGAUUUGGAAAUGGAGGAUUUUCAAAUGCUGGCUUUUAG